UACAUUUUCAAGAGCCACUAACCUGCAGAAAAACUUCAAUCAACCACACGUCAACGAUCAACAUUCAACAAUCAAUCAUGACUACCCCAACCGCUACUGAUAAAGUGACUGCCCUCUCUGUUAAAAACAAGAAUGCAGACAGCGCUGUAAGUACUUCUAAUCCUUUUGCUUAUACUUGCUCUAGAACUGACCCACACGAUAGAAUUAAGGAGCUUGAGGAAAAAUUUAAUACGGGAUUUAGUGUGUAUAACAGACUACGUAUCAAUUCAGAGAAAAUCAUCACUAAGCUCACUGCUGAGAAUAAAAGACUUAGCACUAGCGAAAAAGAACUGACAGAGAAGCUUAGAACAACUGAGAAAGAGAGAAUUAGACUUUUUGGUGUAAACAAUUUACUUAUGGAAAGAAGGGGUGCUCUUUACACCAAAAUCAAAGAACUUGAAGACCUGUUAGCCAAGAGAGACCAAACAGACCAGACUAUUUUCCUUAAUCAGCCUAAGGACACUCGUUUCUAUAACGCCAAGGAGGGCCUAGGAUUGACCAAUCCUCAGAACCUGAAAAAGGUCAACUGUAAACAACUCUAUGAUGUUAGAUACAUGAAAAUAGGAUUGACCAAGCUUAUGGCCUUCACUGGAGCUGAAGAAACGAAUGCCCUCGAGGACGAAAAGAGAAAGACAAAGGCUGGUGUCGAGGUUCCUUUUGACUACACAGAGUUGAACAAGAGUUACAAAACCAAAGAACCCCCGCUAACACCUGCUGAUGAAGUCAUAACUUAUGCUCCUGAAAAGGAAAUUGUGCAAGAUGGAGAGGAACCUUCAGCUUCAGAACCUGUAGUCAAACCAGCAUACAUUCCACCUCUUGUGAGAAAGUUUGCUGAGUUAAAAGAAUCUUUUGAAAAGGAGAAACAAGUUUUAGAAAAAGAAAAGGAUCAACUUUUGAAAGAAAUAUCCAUGUUAAAAACAUCCUCUGAGUCCAUCACAGUUUCUCAACCCUCUUCCCUCUCUUCCUCAGAAAAAUGUUUAGAAAAUUCAACCAAUACUUCUAAAACUUCUUCCACUCACUCUGAGCCUCCUUCUCAGACCGGAAAGCAUGUGAAGAAGAGAGUUGAGAAGAGAGGAGAGUGGAUCGAGGAGAAGUUAAGAAGGAGGAAGAAACAAGAAGAAUCUCAUCUAGGAAAUAAUAAUCGACGUUCGAGUGCUUUGUUUUACGUAAAGAAUAAGUCUAGAUCUGGCAUUAGUGAGCUUUCAACUAGUAAUACUAGAAUGGAUCGAGGAGAAGUUAAGAAGGAGGAAGAAACAAGAAGAAUCUCAUCUAGGAAAUAAUAAUCGACGUUCGAGUGCUUUGUUUUACGUAAAGAAUAAGUCUAGAUCUGGCAUUAGUGAGCUUUCAACUAGUAAUACUAGAAGUGGUGUUCCUAGGAAUUUCCUAAGCGAAUCCUCGACUAGUAAUGCUAAAAGAGUGGCUCCUAAGUUUUCUAGUUCUAAGACAUCUGUCAAGAAUCGCUACUCUAGUACUUGUUCUCUGAAUUGUGUUAAGCCAAUGAAAGUUUGCUGUUUUGAGCCUGCUUCCUCCUCCAUCAAAGAUAAGAAUGUGAAUGUUCAGAGAUGCCCAAAGAAAUCAACUGCUGUGAAGGUGAACUUUGAGGGAGAGUACAAAUUGCCGUGUUUAAGGUAUCCCCUCAAGGUUCGCUCACUUAAACAUUUGAAAAGACUCUCUCAAGAAACAAUUUUAAAAGAUCAUAUGUCUGAACAUUCACUCAUUCUUAAUGAAAUCUCACUCACUCCAAAGUUCAAACAACAAUGGGUUCCUAAGGCUGAAGCUGAGAAACUAAGAACGUCAAACACUUCUCAAUCAGCUGGCCUAGGUUCCCAAAUAAAACAAAAGCUGAAACAUUUCUUUGACAUUGAUAAGGAAGGACCCACUUGGAGGUGGGUACCGAAAUGUACUUAAUCUGUUUUGCAGGUCCGUCAUGUGUGGUACCCUAUCCGAUUGCUCCACACACAUGGCGGGUGAGAAGAGCUGUGAGCAAUCAAUUGGUGCACAUUAUUAAGAGGAGUAUUGGCAUGUAUACUACCCCACUGAGCAGAAAAUCAACAAAUGCACACCUCAACACCAACACAUGUCAUGAAGAAACAACAAGUGCUUAUUCUGAGGGGGAGUGUUUCUUUUUCACUCCUCCUGGUGCCUUACAAGAAGAAAGCACAUAUCAAGGGGGAGUUUUCUACCUUACUCCUCGGUGACAAACAACACCUUGCACAUUCUGAGGGGGAGUUACAAUUUUCUUCUCCUGGCGUCAAUCAAAGAUCAAUGCAAGACAAACCAAGGAUGUCAUGGCAGAACUAGUAACAAUCAAGACCGUCUACGGGAUCCAGAACUGGUACCCCAUCAAGGAGAACAACUCCAAUUAUCCACCAAAGACUAUCCACUGAGAUUCUGAGAACGUCAGCACUCCAUCCCUCAAGUACGUUCAAAUGGUGACUGAGGAUCCUACACUCUUACCAUUCACCAGACUUGUGUCUCUACUGCAGCUAGCUAAUCUGAAUGAUCCAUCUGUCUGACGCUACUGCUAGAAGAACAAUAUCAUACUCCCUAUGGCUCAGAUUAACCCCCCUGAGCCUACCCCGGGGAGUCAGCCGAGAGAUAGUGAGGGUCCUGAGAGUUCUACCCAGCCACAAAGACCAGUGGCAAGUCGGCCCCAUGAUGAUCAGACUCUGUCUGCUGAGGGCCACACCCGUGCUGAGGAGAUUUCCCAUGAUUCGCCUAGCGUAGCCAGAAUAAUAAACGCUGACGAUGAGGGCUCCGGUAGCAACGCUAACAAGCGCAACAAGUCAGCAAGGAUGAUGAGAUUAAUGAUGAUGCGGACGACAACGCUAAUCAAGCCAGGGAGCCUCCGGUACAAAAACGCCGACUCAUUAUCAGGCUCCCCACGGAAACAGAAAUAGAGGUGUCUUACUCACAAACAAACAAAGAAGGAAAUAUCAUAAGUGAGACGCGCUCCAAGCAUCAAAAUGGACAUACUUCCUCAUCAUUCACUCCUACACAGAGAAUACAAACCGCAAGCAGCCUGACAAAAGAAAUAGCCCUGUUUGACGAGUGUACAAACCUAGAUGUAGUAAACCGGACUGACCCCAUAGGAGCAGAAGCUGACUUUCUCAGCUUCCGAGUAGAAGACGCAGCAUCUUGUCCAACUGCGCAUGCACAAGCCACACCUAGCCACUCUGCUACCUCCCAACAGGUAGUAGUUUCACAAAUAGGGGAUCUUAUACCCACCUCUCUGCCCCCUUACGGAGCAGUUAAGGAUGUACAUAGUGGUCUAUCGCCCCGGGCCACUACCCUUUCUUCUAUCACAUUGAGUCUAGGUGUCACACUCCCUACAUUUUCAAAUUUGCUAGGACACAUACACUUUUCACACCACCUCACUCUACAGGUCCACUUUCCCUGUCAACAACGAUCGGAGAUACUUCGAUGAUGAUCGGAAGUCCUGCCGCUCAACAGAUAACUCAAUUAUUAUCUGCAGGCCACACACCAGUAAACUUUACUGAUGUUGUGACAAUGGUUACUACCCCUGUAACCGGACAACCCUAACCCUACCGACCUUGCAGUCAUUCAGCAGCGUUGCUUGGAUUCCACCAUUAAACCAUGGGUGCACGAAGCAAUAACCGCUCAGGCAUAGGAAUUCAGGACCACCCCGACGCUUCUUAAUGACAUCAUCAAACCCUAACUCAACCCUCAUCCUCCCACUCCCAACAACAACUCACCCCAAUCCUUAUCCUAUCCCAUUUACAAUGCCAUUCGAUGACCUAGCAUCCAUUAUGCUAGCAAGAAUUCUUGAAAACGAAGAAGCUCCACUCACUGACAAACAAAGAGCUCUUUUUGUAGUACCUGAAACCGAAAGCACAUGCCAUGACAGUCUCCGCGGUCACAAACAUUUGCAUGAGGACUCCAAUGAUUCGGCUCCUCAUGAGGGGGAGAAUAAGAGGCAACGGAUACUCGAGCAUGGUGCUUCAUCUAGCCAACAACCCCAAACUUGAACCCUCAAACAACCUAGAUUAAAUGCAAGAAUUCUCUCAAGGAUGCAAAUUUUAAGGGGGAGUUUUCAAAGUUCUUCUCCCAAGCGCCAAACAUCGUCAAAGACAUCCUACUCAGUGCUCCAGUUGAGGGGGAGUACAGAGAGAGAAUAAAGAAACAUAUCAAUGAGAGAGAUGUCCUAAUGGCUUAGUAAACCCAACUAAGCCUACCCAAGAGACAAAGCCGAGAGUGAGUGAGUAACUGAGUGAAUAUUAUGAGAGUGAGGAAGCAGAAGGCUCCGAUGAGCAAGAAGACAAUAAUCAAUGACAAAUCUGCUACCUCAAAUGAGCUAUCAAUCGAGGAAUCAAUCCCAGUCACUCAAAUACUCCAGACAAUCCCCAUAGGUUCAGGACUGAAUUUAUUCAGAUCCCGGGUAGAAGUCGCUGCAUUUUGUCCAAACAGCGCGUGCACAACCCUACCCUAGACCACUCACCUGUCUCCCAACAGACAAGUGUUUAAUCACUGUUCACGGGGAACCUCAUCUCUUAUCACCGUCUCCUUCUGAGGCGACUGAUAGUAACUACAGUGGCCCUCAGCCCCAUGCCACUGAACUUUCAUUGAUCACGUCGUGUCUAGUUAUCUCACCCUAAAUGUUUUGAAUUUUCUAGGACACAGACACAUUUUUAGAGUCAGUUGCAGGUCCAAGUGACCAUGCGAGAACUUCCAUAGGGCUCAUCUAAUAUAGAUGUGGACCGAUGAUUGGAAGGAAGUCCUGAUGUUGCAACAUAGAAAUCACCAACAUUUUCAGGCCAUCAUUUAGAGUUCAUCUCCAUAGUGAUGAUAACGGGUGUCUACAUGAUCCCGGGGGGCUACAAUUAUCUAUGCUGAUCCUAGUGAUCAUGCCAUAACAACCAGAGUGACAUCUACUUCAGAUGUUUCACAAUGAUUGGUUGGAAGUCCUGUUAGAGUUACAACGUUUCUAUCAUUAUAUACAGGCCACACAUCAAUGUUUACACUGAUGUUGUGUCAACGGAACACCACAGUGUCUCCGGUUCUUAUCUUUUCAUUUUUUUUGCAUUUUCAAUUUUCCAGAAUAAAAGAAUAAAGGCAAGACAUCUCGAUUCAUUGGAUUGUCAUAAAGGGGGAGAGUGGUCCACACGCUGUUUACUCUCAAAAAUCAUUCUCGGACACUUCUCUCCUCCAGCUCAAAAACAAUGGCUCUCUACUCUCUCAUGUUCAUCAACUGCCAAGUCAGCUUCAAAUCUAAAGGUCAUCCAUGCUCACAAGUCAACCAUCAUUUUCCGCUGUGCCACCGACAACUGUUCCUCAAAAGCAUUCAUGAUCAAACAGUCAGAAAAGGCUACAAUCUGGAGGAUACAGAGGUCGGAUGAUCAAAUAUUGAAGAUGAAUCCCUUGUGCACCUAGAUCUCUUCAGAACAUUCAUUCUAGAGGCGCCAUAUGACUUCAUUCAAGCUGAUCAAGAGCAGUUUCUGGAAAGCAAGGACUAAAAGCAAGAUUUUGAAGAAUCCCUCAACCCCCGGCAUCAAAGAACAAAUUGAAUCAAUAACACCAAGGGGAAGACUGUAAGGAUUUCUUCAUGAAGCCUUUCCAAGAAGACAAAAGAAGCUGAACUGCAUUGAAGAUCAAGAUAAACGAGGAGCAACC